CUUAGUCGUGAUUCCGCCGCGCAGGAGGGAAGAUCGCAAAGUAUUCGAGAUAAACAAGUUUGUUUUUGCUGCGCUGCAAUGUCUAUCGUCGUUCGUAAAAUAAUAUCCACUGCAAAGUGCCCCAAACCAUUGGCACCCUACAGUCAAGCUGUCGUCGCUGGCCGAACGGUGUACUGUUCGGGUGUAAUUGGAAUUAAGCUGACUGAGCCGAUGCUGGUUGAGGGAGGGGCAACCGCUCAAACCGCAAAAGCUUUGGAACAUCUCACCAAUUUGCUGAACGAAUCAGGUUCUGGAAUAGAUAAAGUAGUCAAGACGACGGUCCUGUUAACCGAUAUGAAUGACUAUCCGGCUGUGAAUGAAGAGUACAAAAGAGUUUUCGGUAGUAAUUUUCCUGCUAGAACCUGCUAUGCAGUUUCGAAAUUACCUCUUGGGGCUGCAGUUGAAAUAGAAGCUGUCGCAAUUGUAGGCAAUGUGGAACAUGAGUCAAACUGAUUUAAUUUAGUUUUUGUAAUCAUUAUUUGCAAUAAAGUCUCGAUUUUUUUUUUUGAUGAUCUUUCGGCUCCCCCUUU